UACUCUGAGACCAGGAAGGGCGAGUUCUACCCAUCCUCUGCCAGCACAGUGCACCAUUGCCAUGACGACGAUGCUGGAGGCUGCCUGGAUGCAGGCAGCGCUGUCCCUCGUGUCUCCUUGGGUAUCUCCGGUGAUUUUGCAGGAUAUUGGCCACCCGAGGGCUACGUAAGGAAGAACAGGCUCUCUGUGAACAACAAACCCCCCAACUCCGAGGGGCAAGGGGAGAAGAAGGACAAUGCCACAGCUCCACCAGCUCCUCCGACCUAUGAGGAAGCGACAGCAGGAGAAGGGAUGAAGUCUGGUGCUUACCCUCCUCCCCCAUCGGUCCCACUCCACCCCAGCUGGGCUUAUGUCGACCCCAGCACCAGCCCGAGCUAUGGCAGCGGCGGGUACCCGGGGGACACGGAGAUGCUCACGACCUUCAGCUGGGAUGACAGGAACGUGCGCAGAGUGUUCAUCAGGAAGGUUUAUGCCAUCCUGAUGGUCCAGCUCUUGGUCACGGUUGUUAUUGUGGCUUUCUUCACCUUCUGCGAGCCAGUGAAGGGCUACAUCCAGACACACUCUGCCUGGUACUGGGCUUCCUAUGCUGUUUUCUUUGUGACCUACUUGAUUCUUGCUUGCUGCUCCGGACCCAGGAGGUAUUUCCCAUGGAACCUGAUCCUGCUGAGCAUCUUUACACUCUCCAUGGCUUAUCUCACUGGGAUGCUCUCCAGUUACUACAACACCAAGUCUGUCCUCCUGUGCCUGGGGAUCACGGCCCUGGUGUGCCUCUCUGUCACCAUCUUCAGCUUCCAGAGCAAGUUCGACUUCACCUCCUACCAGGGCGUCCUCUUCGUGAUGCUCAUGGUGCUUUUCUUUGGUGGCAUCAUCCUGGCCGUGAUCCUGCCCUACCAAUAUGUCCCCUGGCUCCAUGCAAUCUAUGCUCUGCUUGGUGCCAUCAUCUUCACCAUGUUCCUGGCACUUGACACCCAGAUGCUGAUGGGGAAUCGUCGGUACUCGCUGAGCCCAGAGGAAUACAUCUUUGGAGCCCUCAACAUCUACCUGGACAUCAUCUACAUCUUCUCCUUCUUCCUGCAGUUCUUUGGCUCCAGCCAGGAGUGAGUGCAGCAAGGCAGUGUCUUCUCAUUGCUGGCGAGAUGCAAGUGUUUUAAAAAAAUAUUAAAAGAAGAGGAAAAGAGGUUUAGAAACCAAUCAAACAAACCCCCCACCCUUCUGGCCCACUAGCAGGCUCCAUUCAAUCAGCUGAGCAAAGUCCCUGGGUUCCUUCUGCAGCUUGUAUAUAUGCUGUUAGGCCUUUGUGACCCAGAAAGCAAAGCAGGGCUUCAGUGUUGUCUCUUCUGUUCCCUCCACUCCUACUGAGAUCAAACCAGAUCAGAGACUGGGAGGCAUGAGACCAAGAUCUUUUCCCCAGAGGCUGUCAGAGCCACCCGAGUCCUGCACAUCAGGGGACUUUGAAGUGCUGAGAACAGCUCUGCAGAGGGAAGGUAACAGUAAGGGUAGGAGAGUAAGGAAUUUUCCUAGGAUUCUGGUGAGAAAAUCAGCUGAACAGAG